UUGGAUUAUCCAAAAGAUAAAAGAGAGAAAGUAGUCUUGUGAUUUUUCCCACACAUGUGGUGUCUCACUCAAGGACCGCCUGACAGGGGAGGAGCCAGGGCAUGGAGGCAGAGUGAAACCUGGAAGACAACGCCCCAGCCUUGGCAGCAUCAUCGAGGGGCUGUACAUCCCACUCUACCUUCUCAAUCAGCCAGAAGUGUUACCAGCUGUGCGGCCAGAUUUCCAAUCAGAAUCCCCCAAAAAUAUAUACAGUAUAUAUUUGAUCAUGAGAAGAGGAGUCAGGCUUACCAGGUACGAGCUUGAAAGUGCAGCAUCCUCUUCCUUGUGCAUAUAAAAAAGGGGGCAUGUCUCCUCAUGAGUCACACUCAGUCCUCUUCCAAGGUUUAUCUUCAAGAACCGGAGCUAAGAUGACUUUCUACGAUGACAUUUACCCUUUCUACCAUCUACAAAGAACCUCCUUCAUCUUCAGUGGUCACCUGCUCACUGUCAUCGUGUGUUUCCUCGUGCCCACACUCAGUGUGCUUCUCAUCCUGCCUGGAAUUCGGGGAAAGUCAAGGCUUUUCUGGAUGCUGAGGAUCCUUUUGAGCUUGUUUGUAGGUGCUGUAAUUGUGGCACUCAACUUUACCGACAACUGGGCUGAGGCCCGGAUGACCACAAAUGCCACCUACAAGUCUUUCAGCAAUGCAGUGGUUCAUGCGGAGAUUGGCUUACAUGUCGGACUGUACGGCAUUAAUGUUACACUAAAAGGGAAUCCUGUCGUCCAGUUCAAUGAGACAAUUGACUACAACGAGAUGUUUACUUGGCGUGACGACAUUGAGGAGGAGUACGAGGAAGCCUUGAAGAAAGGUUUACCUAACCCCAUCCUGUACAUUGCAGAGAAGUUCACUCUGCGCAGCCCCUGCGGCCUCAUUUUCCAUUACAGACAGUCAGGACGAUACGCAUCUGCCACGCUCUGGACUGCGUUUUGCUGUUGGAUGCUGGCCAACAUCCUUUUCUCAAUGCCGGUCAUUUUGUACGCCGGCUACAUGAUGUUGGCUACAGCCACCUUCAUCUUCACCUCCAUGGCUGCCUUCAGCGCAAUCACGCUUGCACCACAAUGUGUUUUCUCCAUCGGAACAGCCUCCUUUAAAACUCAAUACAGCCUUUCUUUCUGGCUUGCUCUCGCCACCGGUUCACUGUGCGCCGUCAUCGGGCUUCUGGUGGUGGUACUGAGCUUCAUGUUGCCUGAGAAGAUGAAAGAGGCUUUCAGCGAUUGUGGUGACAGUUGUGAAGAUGAAGACAUCUCUUAUGAGGAGACUUAUCUGAAUCCAGCCUUCCUCGAUAAAAUAACGGUUUUACAAAACUCAUCCACAAGCGUAAUCGAGGUCAGUUGCUGCACAGAUGUUUCUAGAUUCUGAGUCAUGGGGAAGGCAAAAUAGCUGUCAAAGGAUCUGCGAGAAAAGGAUCAUAUAUGAGUCCAUGUCUGCAUCCUUUCCAGUCAAUACUGUGUUUAUUAUUCAUAUUUGUAUGUUUUGUGUGAUUAGGCGCACUGGUAAUCACAAUAUUUUGUAUGGGAUCCAUACACUCUAAUGUAAAUGAACACACAUUUAUUGUUACUGGUCUGAUAUUGACCUAAAUUAGUAUUUUUACUGGACUUUCUGUAGGGCAAUAUGUUAAAAUAAAAGUCAACAACAAUCGGUAA